GCUUCGAUAGUACGUUGGUGAAAUGGAUGAAGUAAUGAAACAUCAUCUGCAAACAGAUUGGAAUUGCGAAAGAGUAAAGGUUAGUGAUGUUGCAAGAAAGUUUAUAUUUAAAUUGGAAUGUCAUAUAUUCUUAGGAAUCGAGAAUCAAGGAAAGAUUGAUAAACUUCGAAAGGGUAUCGAGGAGGUUACGGAUGGUAUGCAUUCAGUACCCUUAGAUGUUCCAGGAUCAGCUUUCCGUCGCGCCAUUAAAGCAUCAAAGCUGAUGCGGGAAGAGUUUGAGGAAAUGAUCAGGCAAAGAAAGAUUGUCUGCCUGGAUUCACCAUCGGGAAAAGACUUCAUAUCGCACGCUCUUCAAGCUACAGAUGACAAUGGACAGCCGUUUAAUGAAGCAGACAUUGCUAGCCAUUUACUAGGUGCGCUUCAGGCUGCCUAUGGAACCUUACACCACACAAUCACCAACAUCAUGAUGUAUCUAACAGAGCAUCCAGAUGUUUACAGCUCGGUCUUAAGAGAGCAAAAAGAAAUUGCACGUCUAAAGAAAUCAAAAGACAGACUCAGUUGGGAGGAUCUAAGGAAGAUGAAGUAUUCAUGGAAUGUUGCAUGUGAAGCUCUGAGACUGAAAUCACCAGCACUCGGGGGAUUCAAAGAGGCAAUUACUGAUGUGGACUAUGGAGGAUAUACAGUCCCUCAAGGAUGGAUGAUGCACUGGAAUGCAUAUGCCACGCACAUGAACCCAGAAUACUUUCCUAACCCUGAAAAGUUUGAUCCAUCAAGGUUCCAAGGGGAUGGUCCAUCUUCUUAUACAUUUGUCCCCUUUGGGGGAGGAGCACAUAUGUGCCCUGGAUAUGAAUAUGCAAGGCUAGCCAUAUGCAUUUUUCUGCAUAAUGUGGUGACCAAGUUCAGAUGAGAAAAGCUGAUUCCCAAUGAGAAGAUCUUGCAUUAUCCAAUUCCCCGCCCUGCUCAGGGCCUUCCAGUUCUCCUUUAUCCUCUUUAAGGACUAAGAUUAGACCAUUAUAUGUUUCCUUCAUCCCCUCUAAUAUGCUUAUGAUGAAAAGACUUCCAAAUAUUCUGUGUGAAGGUCAUAUAAUGUUAUCUUAUGGAGAUGAAGCAGGCUGUUGUGUUUCUCAAGCUGACUUUAGUCUAUGAUACUGGGCUGUAAGUAAUUCGCAUUAAUAUUUCCAAGUAAAUUUCUACAACUAAGGAAAAUAUUUGCAGUAAUUCACUAAUUUGUAAACAACUAAGGAAAGUAUUUGACUUUCCCAUCGUCCUCGACGCGGGGCAAGCGGUCGUCGCCUGGGGGCACCCAGGGCAUCUUCGACUUUUCAAUUACUAUAACUGAGGGUUUUUGGGUCUCCUCAGGCUUCUCCGGCCGCUUGGGCUUCUCGGCCUCCUCAGGUUUCUCGGGCGGCCUGAUCUUAUCUGGCUCCAUGAUCUCAGUGCUCUUAAUGCCUUGGUCACCCAUAAUUUGUCGCGGAUUUUCUCCGGGCUACAGCACACCACGGGGAUGGUCACCAGAUCUCGCUUCUCAUCAUAUACAUGGUCUCUGAUUUCUCUUGUCCAAAAAAAUUGAGCAUCACCCCAAACA